AUGACUGGAAGUGAGGAAGAGGCGAAAUUGGGCGCUCGGAGGUUAGCUCGCUGUCUGCAGAAACUGGGCUUUAAGGUGAGGUUUUCGGCGUUCAGAGUUGUGAACGUGCUCGCUGUGUGCUCCAUGCCAUUUGCAGUGCAUCUUGUAGACUUCACAAAGAACAACCGGCCCAUUGCCAGUUAUGAACCUGAACUCCAUCCUGCUGCUACUUAUCGAAUCAAAAAUCUGAAGGCUACCGUCCAAGUGUUUUCUACUGGCAGCCUCACAGUGACAGGACCAAAUGUGCAGAGCGUGGCCUCAGCAGUGGAGCACAUCUACCCACUACUGUACGAGUGUCAGAAACCCCGCUGCAAAUAAAGCAGAGGAGACCAGAGGGGAUCCAUGGGAAUCAUCAGGAAGCACCUUAUCCUUGGAUAAACGUUGCAACAGCAAGAAAUGUCGAAACCACACGACUCAUUGGACUCGGAUGUUAGAAUCCUAUUUAUUGGAGUCGAAUGAAGAUCGUUGCUUUGGGUGUCUUUUUUUGCAUGG